UCUCCUCUUGCUUUCCCACACGCACUGGAAGUAAAAAGGAGUUAUUAUAGCUAUUGCAUCGACGUGGGAUUCUUUCUUCUUUUUUCAACUUUCUUGCCCAUCCCGACAUACAUCUUCCCUAAAUUCCAUUAAGCAAGCCAUCAUAGCGACCCAAGUAGCAGCGAAAAGAAGCUGUUUUUAUCCCGCAGAGGCGAUGGGAGGCUGCUGCUCGUCCGCGGAGAAAGAGAUUCCGGAGAAGAAGCACAACCGGCAUCAACUGAAUCAACGCCGAUCGUUUUCUAUCCAGCAGGCACCGCCGGCUGUUGGAGUCGCUGAGGCAGUCAGCGAGGUGCCGGCCUUCUCCGAGUUCUCGUUCGCCGACUUGAAGGCCGCCACUAAUGGAUUCAGCUCUGAGAACAUCGUCUCGGAAAGCGGGGAGAAGGCCCCUAACCUGGUAUAUAAGGGCCGGCUACAGAACCGCAGAUGGAUCGCUGUCAAGAAGUUCACCAAGAUGGCUUGGCCUGAUCCCAAGCAGUUCGCCGAGGAGGCGUGGGGAGUGGGGAAGCUGAGACAUAGAAGGUUGGCGAAUUUGAUCGGUUACUGCUGCGAUGGGGAUGAGCGGCUUCUGGUGGCCGAGUACAUGCCUAAUGACACGCUUGCCAAGCACCUCUUUCACUGGGAAAAUCAAACUAUUGAAUGGGCUAUGCGUCUGAGGGUAGCAUAUUAUAUAGCCGAAGCAUUGGAAUACUGCAGCAGUGAAGGACGGCCCUUGUAUCAUGAUCUAAAUGCAUACCGAGUUCUUUUUGAUGAGGAUGGUGAUCCUCGCCUUUCUUGUUUUGGCCUCAUGAAAAACAGCAGGGAUGGGAAAAGCUACAGCACAAAUCUAGCGUACACGCCUCCAGAAUACUUGAGAAAUGGAAGGGUUACUCCUGAGAGCGUGAUAUUUAGUUUUGGUACUGUUCUCUUGGACCUGCUUAGUGGGAAGCAUAUACCUCCUUCUCAUGCUCUUGAUAUGAUAAGAACAUGUUCCUGUAGGAUCAGCGACAGUUGGAAUACAACAGAACAUUUGCGGCAGGAAGGAACCACCGGCUGCAGGAACAGGCAGAGGAGGCCGGUGGCUGCUAGAUCUAGGGUUAUGCUUUGA